AACCGGCUGCAGAGCAAUUCCUGCCGCGUCAAGCUGAAGGUGCUGAAGAUCCUGCUGCACACAUGUGUCCAGGGCUCCCCCCAGUUUGUCCUGCAGCUGAAGAGGAAUGCCUGCUUCAUCCGGGAGGCAACAGUAUUCUCCGGGCCCCCAGACCCCCUCCAUGGAAACAGCUUGAACCAGAAGGUCCGGGCAGCUGCACAGGACCUGGCAAGUGUUCUCUUUUCGGAUGCACCGCUCCCCCAGCCUGCUGCGCCGCCUGCCCAUCCCCUGCCUCCCACGGGCAUGGGCUCCAGCCCCAGCCCCUGCAGCUCCUUGCAAGGAUUCGGCUUCAGCAGUGAGAAAAGCGGCUCCGCUUCAACAGGGGAAGCCCUGCUCAGCACCAUCCAGCGAGCAGCCGAAGCAGUGGCCCACGCUGUGCUCCCCUCCCCGGAGGGGCCCCGGCCUCGCUGCAGGGAGCUCCGCGAGGAUGCCUACCAGCCCGUGAGAGCCCCCUCUCCCACCAGGAGCCUGACUGGGGCUGUGAAGCCACCAGUGGCCACCUUGGCACACAGCAUCCGAGUAAGUCACCAGCCGGGGCUGGCUGGGGGCGGCUGGGAGGAGACAGACAGCGGGCACAGCUCCCAGGACUCCUCGCAGGGGAACGGCGAGUUGAGCCGCACCUCGGACUCCUGCAGCAAAUCGGGCAGUGACAGCCACUCCGGGGCCAGCCGGGAGCUGACCCACAUGGCUGAGAGGGUGGACGCUGACAGCCUGGGUGACUGUGUGCGGGAGGUGAGCCUGGUGUCAGCGCUGACCCGCGGUGCCAGGGUCUUCCUCACCAGGGAGGAAGCACAACACUUCGUCAAGGAGUGCGGGCUGCUGAACUGCGAGGUGGUGCUGGAGCUGCUCAGCCGGGCGUUGGAGGACCCCAGUGACAGCGUCCGCAUGAGAUCCAUGUGUGCCAUCUCCUCCCUCAUGUGCUCCGACCUGCUCUCCCUGGACCAGAUCUUUGCUGUGACUCGGCAGCACCUGCAGCAGCGCAGCCAAGGCAGCCCUGGUCCUGUUGCCAACCGAGCAAUGAAGAUUCUGCGGCAGUUCGAGGCUCUUUGCAGCAGCCAGCCCUCCCCCAAGAGCAAGUGGCCGGACUCAGACCCCUCUGCCCUCGCCGUGGGCUCAGCCUCAUGUACUGCGGACCUGUUGACGGACAUCCUGCCCCUGGCAGGCGAGAGCAUCCUCACCCCGCUGAGUGCAACCCCACUGCCCACGGCCAUGCCGGCCUGCAGUGAGGAACAGGGGGUGGAAGCGGAGACCCAUGGGCAGCCUGAUGCCACAGUGCCAGCCUGUCCCUGCGAGCGGGAGGCGGGGAGCCGGGUGCCGCCUGAUGCCACGGUGCCAGCCUGUCCCUGCGAGCGGGAGGCGGUGAGCAGGCUGGCAGGGGACAUGGUGAGCACCACUGCACCCUCCCGCAGCCUGUCCCUCUUUGCUGGCAUGGAGCUGGUGACCCGUCCUGGCACCGUGCUCUGCCCCGACUCUCUGCCAGCAGAGCCAUGGACGCUGUCCCAGCCCCAGGACUGGCAGACGGAU